AUGCCUGGUUUGGGCGCGAUGGGAGAGACUAAUUUGUCUUCUUCCCAAAUCCAAUUGGGGUGGUCUGCCCCAUCUUCCCGAACUCAUACUCCUGCCCCUGCGGCUGUGCUGCCACAUGUAUAUUCUCCCAUGUCCUUUGAUCAAAUGUCAGAUUGUGAACUCCUUGAUAUGGUCGCCCAAAACAUGAUUGUUUUAAAAAAAGAAUUCUCGCAAUUACAAGGCGCCUACAAAGCGCAACAUGAUCAAUUAGCAUUGCUAAGGGCUGAACUUGAGGAACAUUGCAAUCAGUCGCGUAACCAACAUGUGUUUUAUUCUAAUCAAAUUCAAGGAGCUGCCACCUCCAUCCAGGUGGUGCAAGAUCAAUUGCUCCACAUGUCUACCACUUGUCCCAUGGCCCCACCUCCACCUCCUCCACCUGCUGGUACAAGCACAGCCACCACUGCCCACACUUCCCCACCUGUUUCUACGUCUUCAGAUUAA